AUGAAAGUGCAGCAAGGCUGCAACUCAUCAGACAUGGGGAUCCCAGUUAAAACCGAAGAAGAAUUGCGCAAGAAUACCGUAAUAACACCCGAGGAUGUGCUUGGGCUACAGAAGAUCACCAAGAAUUACCUCUGCUCCCCAGAAGAAAAUGUCCACAUGAUCGACUUCACCAGAUUUAAGAUCCGCGACAUGGAGACGGGGACAGUCCUGUUUGAGAUCACCAAACCUCCAGCACCAGGUCUAAAGCAGUGUGACCCCAACGCUGGCCGUUUUGUCCGGUACCAAUUCACCCCAGCCUUCCUCCAGUUACGACAGGUUGGAGCCACGGUGGAGUUCACAGUGGGAGACACCCCCAUCAAUAACUUCCGUAUGAUUGAGAGACAUUACUUCCGGGACCAGCUGCUGAAAAGCUUCGACUUCGAGUUUGGGUUCUGCAUGCCCAGCAGCAAGAACACAUGCGAGCACAUUUAUGAGUUCCCUGCUCUGUCAGAGGAUAUCAUGCGUGAGAUGAUCCAGCACCCUUAUGAGACACAGUCUGACAGUUUCUACUUUGUGGACAACAAGCUGGUGAUGCACAACAAGGCAGAUUAUUCCUAUUGUGGCGGACCAUAG